AUCUAAUGUGGGUGUCAGCGGCAUGUGCUCACUGAGGGAAACCUUAGUUUUUAACUGUGCUAUGGAGUAGAAGCAGGAGCUUCUCAACCUAGUGACAGUCACAGAGCAGCACUACCCCCUCCUCCUUUCCACACCUGCAAACUCUUUUGCUUGGGCUGAAUACUUAGGGUAAUUACAUCUCAGCUUUGAGGGCUCCUGUGGCAAAUACCCGGAUUAAAAGGUUCCCAGGUUGUGAAAAUACGUGAGAUAGCUAUGAAGGCAACUCUCAUCCUCCUCCUCCUGGCACAAGUCUCUUGGGCUGGACCAUUUGAACAGAGAGGCUUAUUCGACUUUAUGCUAGAAGAUGAGGCGUCCGGGAUAGAACCCUACAAACAAGUUCUUCCUCCUGAUCAUAUGGAGCCCAUGGUCCCUAUGUGCCCCUUUCGCUGCCAGUGUCACCUUCGAGUGGUGCAAUGUUCUGAUUUAGGUUUGGACAAAGUCCCCAGACACAUUCCACCUGAUACAACAUUGCUAGACCUGCAAAACAACAAAAUAACUGAGAUCAAAGAUGAUGACUUUAAGGGCCUGAAGAACCUGCACACCUUGAUCCUUGUCAACAACAAGAUCAGCAAGAUCAACCCCGGGGUGUUCACCCCUCUUGUGAAAUUGGAGAGGCUCUACCUGUCUAAGAACCAUUUGAAGGAACUGCCUGACAAAAUGCCCAAAACGCUGCAGGAGCUUCGCGCUCACGAGAAUGAGAUCAGCAAAGUGCGGAAGACCGUGUUCAAUGGCCUGAACCACUUGAUUGUCAUAGAACUGGGCACCAACCCUUUGAAAAGCUCUGGGAUUGAAAAUGGAGCCUUCCAGAGCAUGAAGAGGCUCUCGUACCUCCGCAUCGCAGACACCAACAUAACUGCUAUUCCUCAAGGUCUCCCUCUUUCUCUCACUGAACUUCAUCUGGAUGGCAACAAGAUCACCAAAGUUGAUGCUUCCAGCCUGAAAGGACUGACUAAUUUGGCUAAGUUGGGGCUGAGUUUCAACAGCAUCUCUGCAGUGGACAAUGGCUCUCUAGCCAACAUUCCUCAUGUGAGGGAAAUCCACCUGGACAACAACAAACUCACCAGAGUGCCUGUUGGGCUGGCGGAACACAAGUACAUCCAGGUUGUGUACCUCCACAACAACAACAUCUCCGAAGUUGGGGUGAAUGACUUCUGCCCACCUGGAUACAACACUAAAAAGACCUCUUACUCUCGUGUGAGUCUUUUUAGCAACCCUGUCCAGUACUGGGAGCUCCCGCCAACUGCCUUCAGAUGUGUCUACGUGAGCGGUGCCCUUCAACUUGGAAACUUCUAAACAGCCUCAUUUUUAUAAUAUGGAAAAAAAAAGCCCAAUCUGUCAAUAUCAUUACUUAAAAAAAAAAAAAAAGCUGGGUUCUAAGAUUCAAGCAUAUUUUGGAUGCCUUUUCCAUGUGACCUAUCAUGCAUCAAGCCAACUAUGCGGAUUGAACAGUUGCCUACAAUAAGAUUAAUUUGCCUGCAGUAUUCAGAAUCAUCUUAAAGGGUUUCUGUAGACGAUAAAUGAAGCUGUCAAUGUCUGAUGUAACCGUAGGAGGUCAACCAUUUAGCAAAGCUUAAAAGGAACCGAGUACAAAGUCUUUUGUAAUUCAUAGAGCUAAAUUAACUCUUUUGACAGAAAGUCAAAUGUCAAACUCUAGCAAUGUAUUAAUCUCCUUUAUUAUUGGUAAAGCCUCGUUUGAAUACGUACAUUCAAUAUGGGCUGUGUAAAAUUUUCACUACUAUUAUAAUAAAAAAAUAAAAUUUAAAAACUGCAUUCAAAA